CCAAAAUAAAAAUGGAACAUUCUAUAGCACAGGAAGUCAUCACCUGUGAUAUUUGUUUAAAAGCCACUCCUCAGAAAUUCUGUAACAACUGUCAAGUCAACCUGUGUAAGGCCUGUGUCAACAAACACUUAGACGGAAAGAAGUGUCGGACACAUGAAAUAGUGCUAUUCCAAGACAGAAAUGAGUUGAUGUUUCCUCAAUGCUCUCUCCACCCCAACCAGAUCUGUGAGGCCCACUGCCAGUUCUGUGAAAUCCCAGUCUGUAUGAAAUGUGUGAUCAAGUCCCACAGUCAUCACAAACUGAUGGAAAUAGCUCAGCUAGUCUGCUUAAAAAGAGAUGAAAUAAGGUCCGAUAUGGAAGAGCUCAGGAAAGUAGUCAUACCUCGUUGUAAACAGGAAAAUGAAGAAAUUGUUUCCAAAAUAUCUAAGGCUCAAGUUAAAUAUGAACAAAUACACCGAGAGGCAGAAAUUCAGAGGAGAAUAUGGCACCAGGAGGUAGAUGGCUUCUUCAAUAAAGUCAAAAGUAAGAUUCACAGUGACAGAGAAAAAUAUAUUGCAACUCUAAAAUGGCAACAGACAAAACUAAAACAGUUGCACCAAGAGAUGUGUCGCACUGUUCAGCUGAACAAAGAUAUCUUAAUGUCAAAACAAGCCUCUACUGUUACCGAGUACCAGUCUAAACUGAAAGACUACAUCAAACGAACUUCCAUCACAGAUAUAUUAUUUACUUCCAUUCAAACAAGCAUAAAAAAAGGGAAAGAACUCUUUUUAGAGAUCGGCCAAAUCAAGGCAUCAUUGACACAGAGUGAUGAGCAAGUUAAUGACCAUACUGAAGCUACUGCUUGUAUUCCAAAUCAAGAAGAUUUCAAAAAAUGUCAAAUAAACCCCCAUAUUCCAAUAGCAGUGAAAGCUGACUCUACAUUGUCAUCUCAAGAUUUGCCAGACAGCAUCAAUGGUACGUGUAAAUCACAAGCAGACAUUCUCUCCUUGAAACCAGUUCCACAGGUACUUGAUAAAGCCCACAAUGUAUCCAGUCCACCAUCAAGAAAGAAUAUUUUCUCUCUCUCAUUGCCUAACAAAAUGCAUCUACACAGGGCUAUUGUGAUAUCCAAUUCAACAAAAGGAACUGCAAGUUCUUCCUUGCCAGGUGUCGAGCUGCUUAACAAAUCUAAAGUGAUAUCCAAGACUCCAACCAGAGUUAAUAAUCUGAAUGCUGUGGCUUGCUUUGGAACACAUGAAGCCUGGAUAUGUGGAGAAAGCAAGAAUAUAUGCCGAAUUGACUUACAUGGGUUCCAGAAAGAGGCUGUGACUGCCACCUGUAAGUAUUUUCCUGGAGACAUUGCAGUUACUAAGAAUGGAGAACUUCUUUACAGUGAUAUCAAUAACAGAACUAUAAAUAUUGUUCGGAAGGGGAUAAGUGAAACUUUACUUCCUAUCCCCAAGGAAUGGUAUCCAUACACACUUUGUUUCACCAGGUCAGGUGACAUUCUGGUUGGGAUGUUUACAGCUGAUAACAGACAUCACAAAAUUGUACGAUAUCAAGGGCUAGAAGUGAAACAGGAGAUUGAAAAAGAUUUCAACUACGAAAACCCCCUGUUCAAAGGAGGAGAGCGUCCCAUUUACAUUACAGAGAAUGUCAAUGGAGAUGUCUGUGCUGCUGAUCUUAACGCAAAAAUGUUGCUAGUUGUGGACAACAAAGGAAAAGAGAAGUUUAGAUACAAUGGCACACAUGCAAGAAGGUCUAAACCAUUUGUUCCUGGUCAGGUUGUGACCGAUUCCUCUGGACACAUCAUCAUGACUGACCAGAUGAAUGAUUGUCUUCAUGUCUUGGAUCAGAAUGGCCAGUUUCUGAAAUGUAUAGAUGAUUGUCAUCUAGAGCAGCCAACAGGGUUGAGCAUUGAUGAAGAAGGAAGGUUGUGGGUGGGGUCAUAUAAAACAGGAGAGGUCAAGGUCAUCGAGUAUACAAAACCCAACAAUGGCCAUUCCUCUUGGAGCAGAAGUUUGUCUGCUGUACAUCCAUCAACAGUCCAGACAUCAGUGUGAUUUCUCGUCUAGUGUAUAAAUAAUCUAAUGUCUAAGAUGUUGAUGUUCCUGUUUUAAUAUAGAGGAUAUGUGACUAUCUGUAUUUGUCUACGACUCGGCAAUAUUCGGCUUCAUUCUAUAGAAUAAUACAUUUCCUAUCAAAAUAGUAAUUCAGGAAAUAUUUGUGAAAAUCAUUUAUAAAAAUAUGUUUCUUUUAUCUAAAAUAAUGUAUGAU